GUUUGAGGGGAGGACGGGCGCGAGGCAGGCAGGCGGCCCCAGAGGCUCCGCUCGCCCACCGCCCAGCCCUUCCUCUCAGCUCCUCUGCUUCUCCCGCUGCCCUUGCCUUCUCCCCACACCCCGAAAAUCUCCUAUUUAGCCAAAGGAAGGAGGUAAGGGGAACUUUUCCCCCUCCCCCUCCAAAAAAAAAAAAAAAAAACCCAACUUUUUCAGUCCGGACAAAGUAGGAGAAGCAGGGGUCUCCCGGCUGGCAAUGGAGCUGCUGUGCUGCGAGGUGGACCCGGUCCGCAGGGCCGUGCCGGACCGUAACCUGCUGGACGACCGCGUUCUGCAGAACUUGCUCACCAUCGAGGAACGCUACCUUCCCCAAUGCUCCUACUUCAAAUGCGUGCAAAAGGACAUUCAGCCCUACAUGCGUAGGAUGGUGGCCACCUGGAUGCUGGAGGUCUGUGAGGAGCAGAAAUGUGAGGAGGAGGUCUUCCCGCUGGCCAUGAACUACCUGGACCGCUUCCUGGCCGGAGUGCCCACUCCCAAGACCCAUCUGCAGCUGCUGGGCGCCGUCUGCAUGUUCCUGGCCUCGAAGCUCAAGGAGACCAUCCCGCUGACGGCGGAGAAGCUGUGCAUUUACACCGACAACUCCAUCAAGCCCCAGGAACUCCUGGAGUGGGAACUGGUGGUGCUGGGCAAAUUGAAGUGGAACCUGGCGGCCGUCACCCCCCAUGACUUCAUUGAGCACAUCUUGCGCAAGCUGCCCCAGCAGAGGGAAAAGCUAUCCCUGAUCCGCAAGCACGCUCAGACCUUCAUUGCGCUCUGCGCCACCGACUUCAAGUUCGCCAUGUACCCGCCGUCGAUGAUUGCAACUGGAAGCGUGGGGGCAGCCAUCUGCGGGCUCCAGCAGGACGAAGACGUGAGCUCGCUCACUUGCGAUGCCCUGACCGAGCUCCUGGCCAAGAUCACCAAUACAGACGUGGAUUGUCUGAAAGCCUGCCAGGAGCAGAUCGAGGCCGUGCUCCUCAGCAGCCUGCAGCAGUUCCGUCAGGAGCAGCGCGAGGCGGCCAAGACGGAGGACGAACUGGACCAAGCCAGCACCCCUACAGACGUGCGGGACAUCGACCUGUGAGGCUGCCUGGAGGGCCGCGCGCGAGAGAGGCACGCUCGCCAUCUGUGCUCUCUCUGGUCAUGUUUGUGUUCUUUGUGUUUUAGGAUGAAACUUUAUGGGAAAAAAAAAAAAAAAACAAACCUGUCCCCCCUCCCCCAUGUUAGAGCAUAUUUAAAGAUCUGUUAGAAGUGAGAGAAAAGAGAAAACGGUUCUAUCAAAAUAGCAUCAUUAAAAGCGUUUGGUGACUA